AUACCCCCAGGCAUCGCGCAAGGGUAGGGCGGGGCUUUCCCUGGAAGGACAGAUGACUCGGGCAUCAGGCUUAGCAAGAAAACUGAAGCAACGUUUGUCGGAGGCCACGUUCUGCUAACGGCCAAUCAGUAAGCAGUAGAGAGGGAAGGAGGUGGAGCUGCAGAGCUAUCAUCCAUAUUCAUGGUAGUGGUGUUGAGGUAAAAGCUGGUAGUUUAAGUAGUUGUUCGCUAGCAACGGGAAGACCACAUCGUGUUUCCGUACUUUCUUUCUUGGUUGCGUUCCACGAAAACCGUCACCACGUUGAACUUCAGUGAAUUUUCGACCCCCUACCCGAAUAUGACGGGUACGGUGGAUGGCCUUGAUCAGGAAAUGGCUAAUAAGUCUGCAUUUAUGGAGUUACAGCAGCAAGGGCUGACCGCCAUGCAACACCAUUCACAGCCGUACCAGAUACGCACCUCGUACCCUAGCCAUCAGGCGCCGCAGCAUGAAGCGGCUUUUCCCGGCAGCCAACAUGCUAGGUCAUUGGGCGCUUAUCCGUUCCCCAUGAACAAUAACCCCCUGAACAGUGGUCUUCACAACACUUACACCCAUCCGAGCCAUCACUACCUGGGGUCAUAUCCCCCGAACGUGACAAGCUGUGGUCCUCCAUGUCCUCCAUCACCUAGAGAUGAUAAACACCAACCGGAAGAUACACUACGGGUAAAUGGGAAAGGAAAGAAGAUGAGGAAACCUAGAACCAUCUACUCCAGUCUUCAACUCCAGCAGCUCAAUAGGAGGUUCCAAAGGACGCAGUAUCUAGCUCUGCCGGAGCGAGCCGAACUUGCCGCUUCGUUAGGCCUAACUCAGACACAGGUGAAAAUCUGGUUUCAAAAUAGAAGGUCCAAAUACAAAAAGAUGCUAAAAGCCCAGCAACAAGCAACAGGCCAGCAACCUCAAGCACAGCAGCCCGCCCAGACUCCGGCGCUACCACCGCCCAAUCCUGCUGCCACGCCGCAGACGCCGACGGAGUCGCCAGAGACACAUAGUCCAGGAAGCGCCGGGCAACCAGGGCUGCUGCCCCCGAAUACCCACAGUCCGGUAGUCGGGAGCCUAGCUGCGGUUAGCCCUCCCGCCAUGAGCCCCCCGAUCAGCUCGUGGGACAUGAACCCUGGCAAGCCGCCUAUGAGUCUGCCCAACAGCUAUAUGCCCCAGUAUUGGUACCAUCAACCUGAGCCUAAUAUGAACCAACAAAUUCUCACCUAAGUCCGGGGCUGCUACAUUUUGCAGCACGUGCAGCCGGCCCUCCUCCUCAACUAAGACCGUGAGUACGUGGCUUUCAGUAUUAAAGCCGGAUACAAGCUGCCGGCUUAGCUUACGGGCCUCGUGGACAUAGGGCUAGAAUAAUAUCCAAAGAUCAAUUGUUGUGUAUAUUAUUGUCUUUUGUAAUAUGUCCUCAUGUUGAAGGAAGCUUAGCUCCCAGGUCCUCUGCUCCGGUCGCUAUUCUCCAGACUGUCUGGUUUUGUACAUUAAGGCUCAGUCGAACAGGAGCAAGGGAGAUGGCUUGCGACCUUUGUACAUAGCAUGUCCUUUUUUUCUUUUUUUGCAGAAAAGCCCCUGUUUAUCUCGAGGACUUGAUUGUACCUAGCGGUCUUUUGUGUAAACUUCUUCAAUUUAUUUUAUUUAUGGACAGAUGUGUUAGUGACUACGAAGUAAAGAUGUACUUUCUGGCCGUUAGGUUUGUUGUACAGUGAUGUAAGCUAGAAGGGUCAAGGGGUUAGAAUGUUUCAUUGUUCUGUUGACUUAAUCUUGAAUAAAAUCAAAGGUUCGGCAUUUACAAAAUUAACAUAAAAAAUAAAACUGUAAUCGUCAGAUAGGUCCACAAGUAACGUAUUCAAGGCCUUUCCUGACCGUACAACCACAAUACCAAGUCUGUUAAUUAAAAACUACUUUCUUUUCAUAUCCAAGUUUUAAUCACGAGAACACCCAAGCGGGAAGUUUGUCAUUGUGUAUAUUUUACAUCAAUAAACCAUGUUUCACAAAAAUUA